AUGAUUGAUUUUAUAUUUGUUGAUCCUGGAUCGAACGAAUUGGAGAACAAACAUGUCGACUUCACUUCUGGUUCCUUAUAUUUUCUUAAGUUUUCCUUCAGGAUUGUUCGACUUGUUAAGGGGGGAGGUUGGAAAAUGGAUUGCUUUCACUGCAGUUGUAUUGAGGCUUUUCUUCCCCCGACAUUUUCCAGACUGGCUGGAGAUGCCCGGUUCACUGAUUAUUCUUUUGGUGGUUGCUCCAAAUUUCUUUGCUCACUCGGUAAGAGACAGCUGGGUUGGCGUUGCAAUAUACCUUGCCAUUGGUUGUUAUCUGCUGCAAGAGCACAUCAGAGCGUCAGUGGAUUCCGCAACUCCUUCACACAAAGCCACGGCAUCUCAAACACGGUUGGCAUUAUCCUCUUGUUGGUGUAUCCCAUUUGGGAUCUGGUAGUCCCAUUUGAGCCAUUGGUUGGCAUUAUCCUCUUGUUGCUGUCUGCAUACUGA